CACUCGUAUGCUGCUCGUCUGCCGUGAGGAUAGCUGCUAAUCUUCUCUGUCCCAUCUCACGAACACAUCUCCUUACUCUCAAAAUAUCACUGAGAUGCCUCUGCGGCAUACGUCAAAUCCAACGCCUGCCAAAUCGGCAUUCCUAGUUCUCCAAGGCUUGGUGCUGGUCCUGACCGCAGAUUAUUUGGUCGCUGCCGCCCAAUCCCGUCCAAGCAGUUUCUCUGAAGCUUUACGAGGGCUGAACAUAACCAGAACGCCACCUCCUUUUCGACAACUUCACGAUACAGACAAGGAAGACGUGCAAGGAGCAUGACUGUGCUGGUGCGAUAUGAGUCGGAUGGUAGGACGAGCAGGGUGGUGGGCACACCGAGAUAAUUACACGAUAAAACUCCAAUAAACUCCCACAAACACAUUAGUAACCUGUACAAUUUACACAAACCAUCGACUGCUAUAUUUACUGUGCUCGGGCGGCUUCUUGUGAUCGAACAUCAUGGUUAAGGGCGAACGUGAUCGAGUUGGGUAUCUUGACAAUCGUCAAAGAGAGACGAGCUUCACUCCAUGGUUCCCUCACCUUGUAGUCCAAUAGACAAGGCAGACUAGACAAACUCCAAAUCAUCAUGCUAUUCAAGU